CUCCCUGCCCGCUAUGGCCGCGCCCCGGACCCCGCGGAGCCCCCGCACCUUGGCGGCUGCCGCGCCGGCGCCCGGAAAGGCCAAGUUGACGCACCCGGGGAAGGCGAUCCUGGCAGGCGGCCUGGCGGGCGGCAUCGAAAUCUGCAUCACGUUCCCCACCGAGUACGUGAAGACGCAGCUGCAGCUAGACGAGCGCUCACACCCUCCGCGGUACCGUGGUAUAGGGGACUGCGUGCGGCAGACGGUCCGUAGCCAUGGCGUCCUGGGCCUGUACCGCGGCCUCAGCUCGCUGCUCUAUGGCUCCAUACCCAAGGCGGCCGUCAGGUUCGGCAUGUUCGAGUUCCUUAGCAACCAUAUGCGCGACCCCCAGGGACGGCUGGACAGCACGCGCGGGUUGCUGUGCGGCCUAGGCGCCGGGGUGGCCGAGGCCGUGGUGGUCGUGUGCCCCAUGGAGACCAUCAAGGUGAAGUUCAUCCAUGACCAGACUUCCUCCAAACCCAAAUACAAAGGAUUCUUCCAUGGGGUCAGGGAGAUUGUGCGAGAGCAAGGGCUAAAGGGCACGUACCAGGGCCUCACAGCCACUGUGCUGAAGCAGGGCUCCAAUCAGGCCAUCCGCUUCUUUGUCAUGACCUCUCUGCGCAACUGGUACCGAGGUUCUACAAGGGUACUGUUCCCCGCCUGGGCCGGGUCUGCCUGGAUGUGGCCAUCGUGUUUGUCAUCUAUGAUGAGGUGGUUAAGCUGCUCAACAAAGUAUGGAAGACGGACUGAGCCCAGCGUCUGCGUGGGGACCCCGAGUGCCUCCAAACCAGCCCGUGCAUCUCACGUGAUUCCGGUGCAGCGUGCCAAAAGGCCCCUCCCUGUGUCCUUCAAGCUUUGUGGCCUGUGAUCUGGCCUGUGUCUGUCCCUGUGGCCCUCGAGUCCAUGUGUCCCAUAGUAGUGUGUGCUCUGUGGUCUGUGUGUGACACUACCAUUGUGUCCAGCCAGGCCGUGGCUGGAUGUUUCUGUGCCCUGUGAAUCUGUGCCCACAUCUCCUAUGUGCUUGCUCCUGAGCUGUGUGCCUAUGUCUUGUGUGCCAUGUUAUGUGACCCCGUGCCCCACUUCCCAGGGUACCCAUGUGGCCUGGGUCUACGGCCCCUGUAGCCAUGGCCCGGUCCCAGUCCGGUGCCUUCCACCCCGGGUGGUAGGGGCACCCUGCCCCAGCCUACCACAGCUGCCUCUGGGCCUCAGCCUGGCCUCAACCGCAUUCCAGGGGCUGUGUGCCCCCGGCUUCUCCCGCCACUGGCCUUAACUGGCCCUCGGGCCCUUCCUCCGCCCAGGACAGGGUGGCACCUGCCACUCCCAGGACCACCCUCCCAAGGCAAAAUAAACCGGAUCCUGUUUCAGCUUCCUGCUCCUGCUUUCCCGUGUGGGCAGUGAUAGCCAUGCUCCUUGAAAACA